AUGACGCCUAAAGACGCAGCCGCAGCUGCGGAUCCAGCUUCAAUUGAGCGCGGUCACGAAUCGCCUACAGUGAACUCUGGGGUGGUAGUAUCCAAUCCAAACAAGGCCGACAGCGCAGAUCAAGAUGAGGCAGCGCGCAAGGACAUGGAGAGCGCCGGUCAAGCAUCGACAAAGCGCCGCCGUACAUCGUCCGUCUUAGAAGAGGAGACAGCAACGCCAAAGAAGGCGAAACUCACUAGCACGACGGCUUCUACCAAGGCUCCCAUCCUCUUGGACACUCUCCCAGCCGAGAUUUUAGACGACAUUAUGGACAAAGUACUCGAUGAGCCUGAAGAGUUCGACACCGUUUACCAAAUCAUGUGCAAAUCCAAAAAGCUCCACAUAUCCGCCGGGCGAAGCGUCUACCGGGACGUCGUUAUCGACUUCGAUGAGCAUUGCGUCUGGGACAUUGCGAGCAGGAUGAAGAAGUUCUGCACAAAGUCCCUCCGGUUAUUCGGAUUGGACAACGACGACGUUGAAUACGAUCUAGAGAACUUGUUCCAUGAUCUUCGCAACGUACCGCUCAAAGAGCUCCAGCUUCCCGGGCUCCCUGCAAGUCCGAAAUUCUGCGACAUCUACCAAGAGCUGUUCGAGGACGACUCGCCACUGAAAGGUAGUCUGAAAACGCUGUACUUGCCCUGGGCUGUCCACAAUACCCCGAACACACGUCCUCUGGUUGAUUCUAUCGUCCAGUACACCUUUCAGCCAACUGGUAGGGACACCAAAGACGCAAUCACGAUCAGCGGCGGAGGCUACGAGGCUAGUACUAUCAAGCCCCAACAAGGCACACCAGUCAGUUUGUUUGGCGGAAUCCUCACUGCGUUUGGAUACCCUCUUGGCGGAGAGUUCGAGUCCGUAUCGUGGAUACAUGCGUGGCCGCAGCCCAGCUGCAGAACUCUGUUCAAGAUGGUUCCUGCACCCCCUCCCACUGUACCAUUCUUCGGAGUCACGCGUCUGCAACUUGGGCAAUUUGACUUCAGCGGUGCCUUCCCUCUCGACGCCUACAAAAGUAUCGACCUCUCCAGUGUCCGCAUGUUGGAGCUGAACGACUGCCAGAAGCUACCACUCGUUCUCAAACAGUUCAUGGCUUCUACUAUCAACAUCGAGAAGCUUGAAGUGACUAAUUGGGAAUUCGCCGAGGAUCAGUAUAAAGAAAGCCCCAGUGGUGUGGAGGCAUUUCUCGCUUCGUUCACUAGCUUGAAGCAUCUCAAGGUCAUUACUUUCACGCCAUGGAAGCCCAGCCUAGUUCGGAUGAUCGGUAGCCAUCCCAACUUGGAGUCAUGUCAUCUGAGCUUUGGGGAGAACUUCACCAACGUGGGUAUGCUGAAGAAAGUCUUGGCUAUCCGUCCCAACCUCAAGCAGCUCGGCUUCCGACACUUCAUGUUUGGACUACCAUGGAAACACGACGGCUUCGCUGGCAAGAUACAUGGUGUCACCGGAGCGCAUAUCAGGGGGUUUGACAACCACUUUGCCGCCUACGCCGAGGUUUUGACAAACUUCUCUGAACUGGAAAGUCUGGUUGCUUACUUUAAGCCGUAUGACAACGACGGAACUUCUGCCAAGCCAGACCCAGGCAGCGACGGUACUUCUGAGGAGACCAUGUAUGGACGCCUAUCUGAUCGUAUUCUGCAAAAGAUACGAAAGGUAGCCAGUAAGGACGGUGUGGCGGUAUCGAAGGUCGCAACUGUGGUGUUGCACGACAAGGCUCUGAUAGGUGAAUAUGAUCCUCUGCCAGGCAAGGAUAGACAUUUCAAGAGAAAGUACAAGUACCAUGGUACUAGUGCGAAGAUGGUCUUUCUCGAUUAG